UCCAGUGUUGGCGGCGUUGGCUUCUACCGACAGAAUCCAACAUGGAGUAACCAGAGAUGGGGCUCGUACGGGGCCAUCCUCACCGACAUCAACGCACGAUUUCAAUUACCGCAUUUCAGCAUGGGGCGCGACGGGAUUAAAUCGGUGGAGGUAUUCCAAAGGGAUUUACACUCUCGUGGAUGCACUCGAAUAAUUGUAGUGAAGCGCUGAGAGACGAAGAAGAGAAGCAAGAAAUAACGCAAACAAACAAACAUAGAAAAAAAAACACUCGGAAAACUAGGCUGAUACUGUUACGGUGUGUGAUCGAGGUGUUGGACGAGAAGGGCAAGACAAAAUGAAGACUCCACACAAUGUACCCUCGGUGGGAUAUUAUUGUAGGUGAAACGAAAAAAAUGACCGAGGAAACACACCCAGACGAUGACAGCUACAUUGUGCGCGUCAAAGCGGUGGUCAUGACCCGGGACGACUCGAGUGGCGGCUGGCUGGCCCAGGACGGUGGGUGCCUCAGCCGUGUGGGCGUGUGCAAGGUGCUGUCGGCCGAGCUGCUGGGCCGAAGCAGCUUCCUCAUCCACGGCGAGCGCCUCAAAGACAAACAGGUGAUUCUGGAAUGCUUCCUGAAGAAGGAUCUGGUGUACACCAAGGCCACGCCCACAUUUCACCACUGGAAAGUGGACAACAAGAAGUGUGGCUUGACGUUCCAGAGCCCGGCCGACGCACGCGCCUUCGACCGUGGGGUCAGGAAAGCCAUGGAGGACCUGACGGAAGGAUCUACCACCUCUUCGACCAUCCAGAACGAGGCCGAGUUGGGCGACGAUGAUGUUUUCACUAAUGCCACCGACAGCUCGUCCAACUCCUCCCACUCCCAGAAGAAGGAGCAGCUGCAGACCCUGGCCCCGCCCAGCUUCUGCGAGCCGCGCCGCCACCACUGCAUCCUGGGCCACUUCUACGACCAGCACCGACCCUCGGACCACUACUUCCUGGAUCAGUCGGUUCCCAUGUUCCCACGCCACGUCAGCUUCCAGGUGGAGGAGGAGGAGAUCGUGCGCAUCAACCCUCGCGAGCGGACCUGGCUGACUGGGUACGAGGACUACCGGCACGCCACCGCCACGCGCGACAAGCUCAUCCAGCACCCCGAGGACGCCGACGCCUACGUGCACUUCGCCAAGAGCGAGCCGCCCAAGCACGACUACACCUACCCUUACCCCCUGGGCCUUGAUCCCCACCAGCAUGCAAGGGACCCCAAGAUAGGCUGCGUGGACCGACUUGGUGGGGGCGGCCUUAUCGGGGGACACAGGGCGGUGGUCACAGCCCAGCCUCGCACCCUCCAGCUCAAGGGCAAGCGGCGGAAGGAAGACGGCGAGCGCUCGCGCUGCGUCUACUGCCGGGACAUGUUCAACCACGAGGAGAACAGGCGCGGGCGGUGCCAGGAGGCGCCGGACCCAAUCCAGACGUGCAUCCACCGGGUCAGCUUCAUGUGGUGCGCGGACAGCCUGCUCUACCACUGCAUGUCGGACCCGGAGGGCGACUACUCGGACCCGUGCUCGUGCGACACCAGCGACGAGCGCUUCUGCCUGCGCUGGCUGGCCCUGGUUGGGCUGUCGCUGCUGGCCCCCUGCAUGUGCUGCUAUGCCCCCCUGCGCGCCUGCUACCGCUGCGGGGUGGCCUGCCACUGCUGCGGGGGCAAGCACAAAGCCGUGGGCUGAGGGCCAGGAGGGAGAGAGAGAGAGAGUGGAGAGUAGAACAGAGACCCAUGGAAGGGACUGGACCGGAAGAGGGUGGCCCCGCUAUUCUUUUGUUUUGAGUUUUUGUUUUCGCUGUUGUGUCUCUCAGCCAAAUUCCAGAUGGGAAAACAAUUGGCUUGUCCCGAUUCUUUUCUAAAUGGAAAUUUCUCUCGGUGGAAAGAAAGAGAAAAAAUAAGUUUCCUAAUGUUUUUUAUUUUAUUUUUAUAGGGGUACCCUGCCUACGGCUUCCACGUCCUUGCAUUACAAAGACUAAAACAAUGAAUAUUCAUAUAUAAAUAUAUAUAAACAGGUACUUUAUAUUUUUACACUCAUGUGUUUUAAAGGCUUGAAUAUUUUUAUUGUUAUCAGUGUUUUGUGUGAGGUCAGUGUGAGCGUUGGUUUUUGAGGGGGGCUCUCACUUUGUGUUCCCCUCGCAUGGCUCACCACCAAUCACAGAUCAAGCUGGUUCCCGCCUGUAAAGCAGAGGCACUUAAAUCAAGGGUGUGUCCUAAAUGGUACCUUAUUCCUUAUAAAGUGCACUACUUUUGAUCAUAGCCCCAUGGGCCCUUGUCUAAUGUAGUGCACUAUAUAGGUAAUACAGUGCCAUGUGGGAUGCAGCCUAACUGUGAUCACGUCUGCCCCUCCCAGCCAAUGAAACAAAAGAAAAGGCAAAAGUUUAACCAGUGUUUCCUCAUUCUGCACCUUGACUACUCCUGACCUAGCCUGUUCCCAGAUCAAUUAGACCUGGGGCCAGGCUACCCCUGACUAUACAGAUUUUUAAAAACCAAAUUAAACCUAAUAUCAAUGAAUGUCAGUGGACAGACACCAG